AUGAUAGAGCGAGCAGUUCAAGUGCACCUGGCCUCAUUCCUCACCAAAAAUGCCGUUCUGUCUGAACACCAAUCAGGGUUUCGCAAACAUCAUUCCACAAAAACUGCUGUUCCAAAUCUUUCAGGCUACAUCUUAGAACGCAUGGACAAACAGAUAAUGACAGGGGCUGUCUUAAAGAAGGCAUGCCACCUCGUAAAUUACCAGUGCCUCCUAAACAAAUAGAGCACUAUGGAGUCCGAGGUCUGGGUCAUGACUUGUUCAAGAAAUACCUCCAAGGCAUUACUCACACUCAAGGAGUGAAGUACGAGUGCAACUUAUCAUCCAGUCCAAUACUC